CCGACGUGAUUUCCAGCUGUUAAAGAGUUUGCUGAAGGAUACAACAAUGGCGGAAAGAGAUUCUUCCUGUCAAAAACUGACUUUAGAUGUUGUUGAGGAAAGUCUGCAAAACAUUUUGAAAUUUUUAACACCACAUUUAAAGCUGGCAAAUACCCAUGCAUCUGACUUUAUUACUAAGAAUCACUGGGAUAUAUUGCAACCUGAAAUACAACAAGAACUCUUGUCUUUUCCUAAUUUACAUUUAAAGACACUUCCAUUUGAUGUGCAUGUCAGGAAUAAGAUAUCAAAUGAUACAGUUUUAUCAUCAGAUGAGUGUCCAGAUUUAACAAUAUCGGAGGAAACUAAUACAUUUAGCUCAAAUGAGAGUGCAGAUGAUAAAGUUUUUACACAAUUGAGCAAGUUUUGUGCAGAUGCUUCACGCUGCACAAUAGAAGGCUGCAGGCUUGACACUUCAGUUUCAGACUUACUCAAGACUUUCAAUUCCAGUCAACAGCAGGACUUUGUUGGAGCUUUUAUGGAUGAAAAGAAAUGUCAUGAAGUUGAGAUUAUGUCGGGUGUCUGUGCAACAUUGACCAAACAUUGCCGUUCUGACCUGGUGCUUGAUUUCGGAAGUGGUAAGGGUUACCUAAGUAACCAGCUUGUAUUACAACAUGGGAUCCCAGUGAUUGGUGCGGAUGCUAGGGAUAUCAACACGAGGUCGGCAGAACGACGCAAAAAUAUCCUCGCUAAACAGUGGGAGGGCCUGGAGAGAAAUGUCAAGUUGGCUUCAUCCAAUCAAAAAUUGACUAAGAAGGAGAAAAAGAAACUGAAAGCUGCCUCUGAUAAGUCUAUUAAUGAUGUGAUGAAAUCUUCGGGAGAUGGCAUUGAUAAUUCUACUGUAAAAUCUACACAUAGUCAGCCGAACUGUGUCAAAGCUAAGUCUGCUUGCAAAGCUAGAUUUGUUCCUUGUACAGUGUACAUUGAUAAAGAAACAGACUUUAUGGAUAUUGUGGAGAAAUGUAUUCCAGAAAUACUAGAGAAAAGAAGAAACAGGUUAUAUUCGGCAGCAGGUGAUAACUGUCAAUCAAAACAAGUCUGCACAAGAAAAACUAUCCACAAGCUUCCAAAUAGUUUUAAACAUUCUUAUGAAUCAGUUGAUAUGAUAAAUGAUCAUAUUAUAUCUAAUCUGGCAAGUGUUUCAGUUUCUAAUGAUUGUAACUCUGAACAAAGUGAUAGAAUAACAAAGGCAGAAGAUGAAAGUUCUUGCAAACCGAUAAUUUGUGAAAAUAGUAAUGCAGAAAUGGCAGUAAAUUAUCAUCUCUGUGAACAUUGUUCAUGCUCUGACAAUAGUGUUGAAGACGGUGAAUCUCUGUUAACAACAGAAAGAUGUGAACAACAGCCACCACAGAAUGACUUCAGGAUUCUGUUGACUGGUUUACACACAUGUGGAAACCUAGCCAGCACCUCAGUAGAACUGUUUGCAACCAGUCCAGUGUUGACUGCACUGUGCAAUGUCAGUUGCUGCUACCAUUUUCUACACGAAAGAUUCCUGAAUAACGAGGACAAUUGCUCAGCCUCAGAUGAGACUGAAGAUGAGUAUGGCUUUCCGAUGAGCAACUUUCUGACAGAGAGAAAGAUAGUCCUUGGAAUCACAGCCAGGAACCUCGCCUGCCAGUCUGUACAUAGAGUGGCAGAGGCCAACCAGCUACAGGGUGAGCAGUUUUACCCUCGUGCCUUGCUUGAGAAGAUUGUGACGGACCUGUGUGACAUGGGCUCCUUUAAGUGGACAGGACUGCGGAAACUUCUCCAGAAAUCAACUUCAGACUUUGGCUACAUCAAGGCUGCUUGCCAUAAACUUGGUGUUUCUGAUCAGAUCUCUGACGACCACAUUCGGCAGUAUUUGGUGAGGUUCAAGCCAGAACGUGCCAAACAAGCAGCAUUUUUCCAGUUGAAAACCAUCCUUGCGCCUUGUAUAGAGGCCUUGCUGGUCCUUGACAGAGUGUGCUUUCUUCUUGAACAGCCAACUGUGCGAGACGUCUACCUCGUGAAGAUGUUUGAUCCUCUCAUCUCUCCACGCUGUUAUGGCAUUGUAGCCUUGAAAUAAACUGUGAUACAGAAUUCAUGUGAUAUUUUCAUUAAAUUUUUAACAUAU